GUUAACUUAGUUUGUUUAUUUGCAAUGUUUGGUGUAAAAUUCUCGAUUUAGUAGUGAAAAAGAAAGUUAGUAAUGAAAUGCAAGACACAAAAGAGUUAACAUGGAUAUCAGCACUGAAAAUGUCACCAUCAGUGAGGAAGACAAAAAAUUUGUUUUAAAUUUUUAUUCAAAAUUAUAUUCGAAUUUAAAAAAUCUAUCUCAAUUUUAUGAUGACUUCGCUUCAACAUAUUACAAAGUCCAUGAAAUUAACAGGUGUGAUGCUCACCAGAGGCUUGCAAAUGAUUUAGCCGUAUUUUUUGAGAAUAAAAAUUUAGAACAAAAAAAGAUUUUAGAUGUUGGAUGUGGUAAUGGAUGUCUUGGGCAAUCUCUUGUUGAGAAAGGAUUUAAAAAUAUCGAUGGAUUAGAUAUAUCGAAGAAAUUCGUGGAAAUGUGUAAAGAGACAGGAUGCUACAAUAAAUUGUUUCAAGUGCCAUUGACAGCUAAUCCAACACCUGGUAUUGAAGAAAAUUCAUACGACAUUGCUGUUUCCAGUGGAUGCUACGUCGCGGGUCAUAUACCACUGGAUACGUUAUUUGAACUAACACGUAUAGUGAAGCCUGGUGGUUAUAUAUUCUACACACUUCAUGACCCUAACUACACGAUGGAUUAUAUGAAUUGGCAUGGCAAGAUAAUGAAAGAAAGGAAAGCUGAUUUGAUCUCUAUGAAACUGGCACCAUACAGAUUGGAACCACGAAAAAACUUUGAACAAGUUUAUGCUUAUUACGUGCUGUUUAAAGUAUUAUAAAUUCUAAAAUACAUUUUUGUAUAAAUCCUAAUUAAACUUCUGCUUUCUUGCGGUUGGUCGCCAAUCUUACCCUACAAAAAGUAAGUACUAAUCACAAUGUGAGUAAUAGUUGUCACCAUUUUGCGCCCAAAGUUAUUUACAAAACAUUUAAUUCCUUGGUGUGAAUAAGAAAUACAAGAAUGUGAAUGGAAGUUUUUGUGAAUAUGCUAUUACUCACAAUCUUACAAACAGUAAUAUAGUAAACUGCAUGACACAUUACCAUGUACUGUAAUGGAUACUGAUUUGACAGAAUAUCAAAUGCCAUUCUCCCUUCUGAGAAAUAAAUUCCCGAAAAAUGUUUAAAAGAUUCAUCUGCGAAAAAUAACAUAUUGCUUUGAUGCAAAUAAAACACAAAAAUAGUUAAGUAUUAUCUAGCUACACUAAAACUUUGAAACAUA